AUGAAGGGAACGAGAUAUUCUAUUUCUCGACAAAAAGCUUGUCAACCAUGCUCUACUGCAAAGACAAAAUGUGAUCGCAAGGCGGAAUGUUGUACUAGAUGCGCCUUACGAGGCCUAUCCUGUUCUUAUCCGCAGACCUCACUUUCUAGAGCCUCCUCACGGGAUGUAGGUGACAAUACAGGUGAAAGCACUGAAGCCGGUUUAUACAACUCCAUUUCCGACACCAGUAUUCUAUCCGGAGCAAACCCCGGGCCGGAGAUAUCAACUGGACCGGACCCUCAAAGUCUAGGUUCUCGAAGUUCAACUUCUCAGAGUCUGGCUGUUGGGUUGAUGCAAACAUCUGGUAGCAUGAGCCCAACUGAUACUUCCUCUGCUACAUUCGUCACAAGUCACAUCCCGGAUGAGUCGAUAUUAAGCAUCACUAGCCGUGCACCUGGGAGUUCCGAAGUGCUUGACUUUUCAAACCUGGAACUAUUCAGCCCUAUUGAUGUAGAUGGUAUUAGCAAUCGCUGGCUGAACACCUAUAUUCCCAUUCCCGGCCAAAAGGUUAAAGAAUAUCCCGCUACCAUUACAGCUUUCAUCUAUAGACUUCUUAAGUCUUAUGCAACCGUUGCCGUACGCGGUCGCGGUGUGCCCCCAUUUGUACACCCUUCCCAAAUCUCGGUCACAUCGACAAGACCACCGCUUUCUACCUGCUUGAGUUUGGUUCGCAUCUGCGAGAAUCCAUUGCCAGGCAGUGAGGGUGUUGCCGCUGAUGUAUUACAACGGGAGAUGAACAAUCUUUAUGAGCAACAGGGUACAUACGACGAUUUCACUCUAUUAGCGGCUUUCCAGGCAUAUCUGAUCUACUCCAUGGUCUUGUUCUUCAAACUUAACCAAGUUUCAGGAUCUUUCCUUCGACAAGCGAUGAUGAAUCUCCAGGAGCUUGCGUGUUCGAGUAGCCGGAACGGGCUUAUGUGCAUAGCCGAGCAACAACGUGCUCGACCUCGAUGGGAAGCUUGGAUUGUAGCCGAGGCAAAGCGGCGGGCAUUGUUCACGAUGUACCUUUUCGACAGUGUUCUUUCUACUCAAGACGGUCUUCAGACCUUUCUCGGCACUGAACUGCAAGGGCUACCCGCCUCAGCAGACAAAUAUUUAUGGAGGGCACAAAUUCGACGCGACUGGGAAACAGCAUAUAACAUAUAUCUAGCACAUUGGCCAGAGGAAACCUUUCGCAUUGAUGAACUCUGGCCGAUUCCUGCGGGGAUAGACGAGCCUGGUCUUCUUGAGAGACGCAAUAGAGUAGACCGAUGGCUAGAAAAUGUCGAUGAAUUUGGCACAAUGCUGUAUGCAGUAACUAGUUGCACACACGGCGGUUGA